AUGGCUGCCUCGAAAGAAAGCAUGCCAUCCAAACCAGAGGAUAUCGAAACGCGCUCCAUAUUUUCAAUGCAAGAAUUAGACCCAUCGCCAGUUCAAGAUGAGUUUCCAGACCUCGAAUCUGGUGAAUACUUCCCCAGAGAACCAAGUCCGCCAUCGGCACGCGAGCCCAUCGCCGGGGGUGGUCGGUUCUCAUCGCUCAAGUUAGGUCUUCGCGGACACAGUUGGGAUUCCUGGUUGUCUGCCUUCCAACGAUACUCGACGUAUCCGCCAACCCUAUUCCUUGCAUUGCAUUGGGCCAAUACCUCUCUCAUCCCUCUGGCUACUCGAUCCGUACCCGAUAGCGAGAGCUUCCUACUUCUCACCAGACCCGUCUAUCAAUCUCCGGGCCUCGAACAUCUCGUCCUGACUGCGCCUGUUCUGAUUCAUAUUGCAUCCGGAAUUGCUUUGCGCAACAUUCGUUCCGCACGGCGGGCGCGACUCUAUGGUGCCGAGACAAGGUCACAGAGACACUCGUUGACGUUUUGGCCUCGGAUGAGUCUCCAAGCUCGGUUAGGAUAUUCGUUGGUUCCGUUACUUGGCGCCCAUGUGCUCGUCAACCGCAUCACUCCAUUAAUGGUCGAUGGGGGAAGCUCAGGAGUCGGGCUGGGUUAUGUGGCCCACGGCUUUGCACGGGCCCCCGCACUCUGGAAUCUAUACUAUCUGUUAUUCGUCGCCGUUGGGGUGUGGCACUUCGUCGGCGGCUGGGCUGCAUGGAUGGGCUGGAGAGUGACAACGGUCCGGAAAGAACGUGACCGAAAAAAGGGCUCCCUAGAGGGUUAUCUGGGAGCCUCGGAAAGUGAGCAACGACUCCGCCGACAGAGGAAGAUGUGGUGGACGGUCAACGGCAUUGCCGCGGUGGGAGCAUCCAUAUGGCUUGCAGGCGCCCUGGGCAUCAUCGGGCGUACGGGGCAAGGUUAUGGCUGGGAGGCCAAGGGAUGGAAUGAAAUCUAUAGUCAGGUCCCCGUUAUUGGGUCCUGGCUCUGA